AUGAACGCAAUGGGUGCCCUCUCGUGGGCGGCUGACGCGGUGGUGGUGAUCUACUCUCUCACCGUCGCCAUCACUGCGCCGCUGGUCGUCGCGCAGGGCAUCCUCCCGCGCCGCCUCUUCCCGGCGCCGCUCGUGGCAUUCAAGCUGUGGUACGCGGCCAAGUUCGACGACUACCUCACCGCCGAGCCACCGUCUUUCUUCCGCGGGCUUAACUGGCUGGAGCUCAUCUUCCAAUGGCCGCUCAACGUGGCCAACGUCUACGGCAUCCUUGCCGGCUGCCCUUGGGCCGCCACCACAUCCCUGAUGGCCGGCGUCUCCACCCUCACCUCCAUGGUAACUCAUCUUCUAUCGCGCGUUCUCCUUGGCUUUUCUCCGGAAAACACUAGAACAAUCAAAUGCACUCGUGUUCCUCUAAUUUCUACGCUUUGUGGUCACUUUCACUUUCAGGCUGCCAUACUUGGAGACAUUCUGGGAUCAGGGAGAGCAACCAAGAAAUUGCUUCUGGUCUAUGUCCCUUAUGUUGCUUUCGCCGUCGUCGCGAUUCUUCGUGGGCUCACCUCAGGCUCAGGGACUCAAGCGGGUUCUCUUGCAUCUUACGCUUGGAAGAAAAUCAUCUAG